AUGGCAUCUCCUCACAAUCAACUUCUACUCACUCUUUCGGAUGCCGCCUCUCAACAACCUGAUAGAAUCAAACUUGCUGAAACACGCUUGAAAGAAUGGGAGACUGCACCAAAGUUUUAUUCCACAUUACUGGACAUCAUAUGCGACAAGUCAAUCAAUGGAGACAUUCGUCAUUUGGGGAUCAUCUUUCUCAAGAAUGGUGUCGACAAGUACUGGCGUAAAACUGCCUUGCAUGCCAUUAGCCCUGAUGAAAAGGCAAAAAUAAGGGGCCAGUUAUUGACUUUGAUGGACGAGGAGCAGAAAAUGCUGGCAACCCAGAAUGCCCUCAUUAUCGCUAAAGUUGCACGUUUCGAUUAUCCAAAUGAUUGGCCAGAUCUACUGCAAGGUCUUCUUAAUGUGAUUCAUACCACUAUGACAGCUGUGAGUGAUCCACAUUCACGGCUUCUCCAGAAACGAUCAUUAUUGACUCUACACCAAGUAGUGAAAGCUCUCUGCUCUAGAACGCUUGCUUCAAAUCGUAAGAUGUUGGAGGAGGUAUCCCCAGAGUUACUCCGUAAUGUUGCAAAUAUUUAUGUGGAGCAUACAAAUAGGUUCUUUGCUAUGACGUCGAAUUCCCCUAAUUCUAUGGAUCAAAUGGCUGCAGAGUUGGAGGUUUCUAUCUUGUGUCUGAAGUCCAUCAGACGUUUAAUUGCGCAUGGGUUCUCAGAUUUCAGUAAAGUCGAAGAAACAAAGGCCUUUUUAAUACUGGGUUUGCAGCAUUUGCAGAAAUUUUACAAUCUGAGAAAAACAAUUCAGGAUACUUCGCAUCCCGUAUUCGAACUAGCAGAUUCUCAUAUCAGAAUGUUCGGCAAGAUGUAUAUUGAUCUUCAACGACUCCAGCCCAUCUCAUUUUCGUUAACACCAGAUGCAGUGGACAUUGUUCAAUAUUACUGGCAAAUAAUUGUUACUGAUGGAGUAUCUUAUGAUUCUGAACCUCCAACACAACCACCGGGUCUUGAGAAGAUAGUGGUCCAAGGCUUAUUACUGCUCAAAGGUGUAAUACGAAAGCAUACUUAUGGAGAGGCGAAUCCUCGAGGCUUUCUCGAAAAGCUUGAGGCUGUUGAGAAGUCGACUUCGUCACGAUUGGCUCAAGCACUCUCUGUAGUUGAGGGCCAGCUAUUAACACCUAAAUUUGUUAAUUCGAUCACCGAAAAUAUAAUUUCGAAAUUUUUGAUUCUGAGAAACGACGAUUUAAAUAUGUGGGAAGAUGAUCCAGAAGGAUGGAUCAAUUAUGAUGAAACCGAUCAUUGGGAGUACCAUGUGAGGCCUUGCGCGGAACGAGUGGCUAUGGAAUUAUUUGCGCAGUUUCGUGCAGCAUUAUCACCGUUGAUCCUAAAACUACUUGAGAGUGCGGCUUCUGCUUCCGAUCCAUCAAGUUUGUUGUUGAAGGAUGCGGUGUAUUCUGCGGUGGGUCUUGGCGCCCACGAACUAUACGACGCUCUGGAUUUUGACUCUCUGCUUGUCAAUCAUCUAGUAAUGGAAGCUGUAAAUACGGAUCAAAGCGUGGUUGAUCGGUCAUUGGGUCAGCGUGAAAAUCUCAAAGGAUAUGAGUGGGAUUUUGAGGCUGAUCAAUUUACACCGUAUCUCGACCGUUCUAUUGAAUUACUUUCGCAACUCAUUGGCGGAGUUGAACAUUUCGAGACUAGGGUUAAGAUUCUGAACACUUUGUCACUAAUAGUGGAGCGAAUGGAGGAUCAGAUAGCACCGUAUGCGCAAAGAAUCGCAAGUUUGUUGCCACCCUUGUGGGAAGCUGCAGUUGACGAACAUUUAUUCAAACCGGCUAUUCUAGUGACAUUGACAAAACUGGUUGGAUCGUUAAAAGAACAAUCAGAGAAUCUUCACGAGCUUAUCGUACUGCUCGUUAACUAUAGCGUUAAUCCCAAUUCGGAAGAACAUGUAUAUUUACUGGAUGAUGCCCUAGAUCUUUGGUAUGUAACUGUCCAAUGUGCUCCACAUUCUACCCCCUUGCUCCUUAGUCUUGUUCCCGCUUCUGUGGCUUUGUUGGAGUUUGGCUCAGAUUCUUUGAAAAAAGUGCUCAAAAUACUUGAGAGCUACCUUGUAAUGGCUCCAGAAAUGGUUAUGCAGUCAUUUGCGCAUCAAAUAAUGGAUGCUUUCACCCGACUACUUGGAGACCUAAAACCUCAGGCAUGUUCGGCUAUCAUUCAACUAAUAGAGGUUAUCCUGCAGUCAUGUCCAAUACAAUUAUGUGAGGAGCAUCUGAUGAACACGGGAUUACUUUGGAAAUUGCUGAACACAAUCCUUGCACAAGAGGAACAAUACUAUAUAUUGGUCAACUAUCUCAAAGUCUUUGCGAGGAUUGUGAUCAAUGAUCCGGUAUUUUUCCUAGGCUUUAUUGAAAUAUCUGGACAACAGAGUAACCCACGACGAACAGAUCUGUUGGAUGAACUAUUUGGUCUCUGGUUAGAUUUGUUUGAUAAUGUAGGCCAUGCGAAGGAUCGUAAACUGCAUGCUAUGGCCUUCACCGCACUCUUAGCAACGACGAAUUCUGUUAUUCUGAACCGACUACCACAAAUAAUGGGGGUUUGGAGUGAUGUGCUGAGUGAAGUAAGAGAGAACGGAGGUGGAGAUGCACUUAUAUACUGGAGAGAAGAGUCAAAAAAUGAUGAUGAAGAAUCCGCCGAUAGCAAAAGGAAGCGAAUGUUGCUCCAAAGGGAUCCUAUCCAUACAACCAAUCUCAUUCAGUAUAUCCAAAUGAAAUUCUCAGAAAGUGAACAGCUUAAUGGUGGCGCCGAAGCCUUCCAACGAGAUUAUGUCUCUAAAGUUGACAGUACUUUAUUAGAUCAGGUUAAUAGUUUGAUGAGAAUUUGA